GACUUUGGCUUGACUGCCCAAGCAGCUUGUCCCUCUGCCGUGUCCCUGGCCUGGUCCGCACAAUUCCUCGCAGCGGGUUGUGGCGACGGGGCUGUCCGAAUCUAUGAGCACUCAAAGGAUUUCCUCCUCGCCAAAGAGCUGCGAGACACAAACCAGAUGAUCAAUUCUAUGGUGCUCUUCGGUCAAAUCCUGGCCGCAGGAGGAGACGACAGCAAGAUCAGAAUCUACGAUGUAUCCCAA